AUGGACAGCAAGGGCGACAACAACCCAUUGCCAAAAGACGGAAAAGGCAAUGUGCUUGUCAGCGUGCGAGUACGGCCUGAUGUUGGAGCAAAAGACAGCAAGCAAGAACUAGAGUGGGAUGUCAACAACAAGCACGCUCUUAUCUCAUACAAGGGUCGCGAGGGCGGAGAGUACAACUACGACAACGUCUUCGACACCCAGGACAACAACGCUCGCGUAUACGACGCGGCCGCCAAGCGAUUGGUACGACGGGUCAUGGAGGGUUACCAUGGUACCGUAUUCGCCUAUGGCAUGACUGGAACUGGCAAGACCUUUUCCAUGCAAGGUACUGCUACAAACCCUGGUGUCAUACCAUUGGCGAUCACAGACAUCUUUUCUUACAUCCGAGAAACACCACACCGAGAGUUCCUUCUCAGAGUGAGCUACCUUGAAAUCUACAACGAAAAGAUCAACGACUUGCUGGCUGGGCCAAUCGCUGGGACCAAUGGCUUACCCGGACCACAAGAGGAGAUCAAGCUUCGCGAGGAUAGCAAACGCGGCGUUUAUGCGACGCCACUGAAAGAGGAAAUCGUGCAAAGUCCGACGCAGCUUCUGAGGGUUAUCGCUCGUGGCGACAAUGCCAGACGAGUAGCUGGGACACAGUUCAAUGCGCGGAGUUCGCGAAGUCACGCCGUGGUGCAAAUCGUUGUUGAGAGCAGAGAACGCGCACCAGCUCCCACCGGCAAUCUGGCCAACAGCAAGCGGUCUGCUAUCGUUCCUGGAGGUGUCCGCGUCUCUACACUCAGCCUGAUCGACCUGGCAGGCUCUGAAAAGGCGGCCGACAACAAGGAGAGGCGCACGGAAGGAUCGCACAUCAACAAGAGUUUACUCACCCUUGGUACUGUUAUUGCACGGCUGUCCAGUGACAAGGAGAAAGCCGAAAAGGACAAGGGCAAGGGCGACAAGCACUUGCCAUACAGAGACAGCAAGUUGACCCGAUUACUUCAGCCCGCUUUAUCUGGAAAUUCUUUGGUCAGCAUUUUGUGCACAAUCCAAAUUGGCGCGAGCGGCAGUGCUGCACAUGCGUCAAGCCAUACUCUGGAGACCUUGAACACUCUCAAAUUUGCGUCCCGGGCAAAGAACAAUAUCGUAAGCCACGCAAAGAAGGCCGAUGACUCGCUGGGUGCAGGCGGCGACGCUGCAGGGCGUGCGCUACUGGACCGUUACCGGCUUGAGAUCCAGGACCUCAAGAAACAGCUCGAGGAAAGCAAAGGCAAAGAGACCAAAGAAGAGGAAGAGGACGAGCUGAAGCGCGACCUGGAGGAAGAGAAGGAACGCGAGAUUGCAGACAAACAUCGCCAUGAAGAACAGAUGCUGGAGAUGCAACUCGCACGAACGGCGCUGAAAGAGCGGAUUGAGCAUCUCAAUAGGCUAAUUCUCAGCUCGAAGUCCCUCGGUGUUAACAACGGCCGAUCGUUUUCCUCCAUGAGCUUCCAGCGUGGUUCCGUGCUCGGAAACCAGGUCGAAAUGCGGCCAUCGUCCCUUCGCUCGUCUACAAGUCAUGCUACUCUUGAAGUGCCGGGUCGGCAUAGCACGACAACACCCCUCCAAGCAGAUGGUUCUGAAGAAGAUGACUCUGUUGGGGAGAAUGGAGACGGCUUUGCUACUCAAAGUGUGCAGAUUCAUUCAUUGCAAGCAGACCUUGCAGACAAAAAUCGCUAUAUUGCUACAUUGGAAAAGCGCUUAUUGCACGCCAGGAGAUCUAGUCACUCCCGAGUUUCUAUGUCACUGUCACACAAGAUUGGGAGUAGCAGCGAGGACGGUGGGCUGAUUGCAACCAUCGCGGAGAAGGACUCUGAAAUAUCCAAUCUGCGCGCCCAGUUGGAAGACAAGGAGCGGAUGAUCGCCGCACUCACCUCAUCCCGCAAAAAGAGCGAGACCGCGCACGAGGUUGUCAGCGAAGGAUCUCCUGGCAGUCGUCGAACCUCAUCAUUCAACCGCAACAGCGAACACAGCACCAUCAGCUUCGCGUCCAAGGCACCGACCUCGCCAAUAAGCCCCAAACCAUUUUUGUCGGCCCCAAUUGCGAGCAAUGCAAGCAGCAAGAAUAUUGAAGAGAUGACACGUAUGCUGGAUGAGAUGAUCGGCAUGAAAGUGGACAAGGCGGCAAGGAGGAGCAGUUUGAUGCCCGUCAGUGAGGGUCGAUAG